CCAAUGGAAGCAGUCUGACCGAACGUGUCUUGUACCCGCAGGCUAAAGAUUUAAGCCGCUCCAACUUCCUUGGUAAACGUUCUGGCGCGUUGCUUGCUUGGUAGUCAUUGUUGACCUUCUGCGGCUUGCGGCUUGCCGUUUGAGAUGGCUGAUGAGUAGAUCCCCAGAAUCUUGGAAUGAGGGGAGUUUGCAGUCUGUUAGCGCAACCGCUGAAAACGCUAGUAUCUAUUGGGUGCUUCUGCUGGGCCACCAAUAUUUGUGUACAUAAACCCUGCAUGAUCGUCAUCGAUGAUCAGUGCGAAUGGUCUGCUGGAAAUGCUGUCAUCCUUUGUGUGAAACUACCGCGGUGGUCGCGGUGCUCUUUUCAUGAAGAAUGGCAAACGGUGAACGAGUGAGCAGUUUUUUAGAGGCUCUAGUAAGCACCAUGUGCCGGACGGGGAACCGGAACCUGAAAAUCCUACCUAUCCACGUUGCUAUAGUGUCUCAAUGUCUGACAGGC